UCUCGACCCGUUCUCGUUCUCUGUUUUCAUUUUAACUCUUAUGCUGUAAAUCCGUCUCUUUCCUCGUAUCUUCCCUCUUCAUCGCGCUUCCCCCCUUUUUCUCUUCGUCUUCGCCGGUCUUUCCUCCAGAUCUUUUCCCCAAAACCUUUUCCUGUGGGCGAUCUGCACCCAUUUUCCGCCGAUUUUGCUGCGGAAACGCGGAUUUUUUUUGAGAUAUUUGGGCUCAUUUUGGUGGAAAUCUGGGUUUCUUGAGGCGAUUCGGUGUUUCUUGGUGGUGGUGGCGGAGGGUUUAGGGUUCCGGUAGGGAUGGUGGCGAGGAUGAUGUGGUGGCGACCGUGGCCGCCGCUGAUGACCAAGAAGUUCCAGGUGAGGCUCGUGGUGCGGCUGAUGGAGGGGCUGGUGGGGGUGGAGGGGGAGGAGGCGGUGGAGAGGGUGACGACGGAGGUGCGGUGGAAGGGGCCGAAGGCGGCGCUGAGCUCGCUACGGCGGACGGUGAAGAGGAACUGCACAAGGGAGGAGGAGGUGAGGGAUGGGACGGUGGAGUGGAACGAGGAGUUCGAGAGCGUGUGCACGCUCACGGCCCACAGGGAGAACUCCUUCCAUCCAUGGGAGAUCGCCUUCGCAGUCUUCAAUGGCUUGAACCAGGGACUUAAAAACAAGGCAUCUAUUCUUGGAAUGGCUUCAUUGAACCUGGCUGAGUUCACAUCUUCAGCUGAACAAGAGAUUGAGCUGAACCUUCCAUUGUUGCUGCCUGCUGUUGCUAUGGAGUCUCCUCCAUCACUUCAUCUGGUUCUCAGUGUAUUGGAAUUGAGAACAUCCCAAGAAUCACCAGAGAUGGUGCAGAGACCUAUGGUGCCUGCUUUAUUGUCACCUUCUCGUGGAGAUGCUCUCUCUUUGGAGAAAGAUGAGCUUUCUGCUCUUAAAGCUGGAUUGAGAAAGGUGAAAAUUCUUACAGAGUUUGUGUCAACACGGAAGUCUAAAAAGACAAACCGGGAUGAUGAAGGUAGUGAUGGCAAGUGCUCUGCUAAGAGUGAUGAUGCAGAAUACACUCACCCAUUUGACACGGACUCUGUUGAUGAUGAUUUUGAUGAAGGAGAACUAGAAGAUGACAAAGCGGACUCUAGUAUUAGGAAGUCGUUCAGUUAUGGCACAUUGGCAUCUGCUAACUAUGUUGGUAGUUCAUUGUAUCUUGAUGUGAGGACAGAUAGAGAAUAUGAGGACUGGGUCUACUACAGCCAUCGAAGAUCUGAUGUGGGCUAUUCACCUGCAGGGGAGAUGACGUCAUCUGUUCCUGAACAAUUUAUGUUGCAGGCUUCAAAUUGGAGUAUUCUCCCAUGGAAAAGGAGGAAGCUAAGUUUUAAAUCUCCAAAGGCCAAAGGGGAGCCAUUGUUAAAGAAAACAUAUGGAGAAGAGGGAGGGGAUGACAUUGACUAUGACCGUCGGCUGAUGAGCUCCUCUGAUGAAUCUCCUUCUGAAGGGAGGCAAAAAGUAGAUGAAUAUGGUGUUAUGCGCUCAUCAGUAUCUGAAUUUGGUGAUGACAAUUUUGUUGUUGGGAACUGGGAGUCAAGGGACCUAGUGAGCCGUGAUGGUCACAUGAAGCUUUCCACCCAGGUCUUCUUUGCAUCUAUUGACCAGAGGAGUGAGCGAGCUUCUGGUGAGAGUGCAUGCACAGCUCUAGUUGCUGUAAUUGCCGACUGGUUUCAAACAAACUGGGAUGCAAUGCCUAUCAGGUCUCAGUUUGACCAUCUCAUUCGAGAAGGUUCCACUGAAUGGAGGAACCUCUGUGAGAACCAGACGUACCAAGAGCGCUUCCCUGACAAGCAUUUUGAUCUUGAAACAGUUAUUCAGGCAAAGAUCCGCCCACUCUCUGUAGUUCCAAGGAAGUCUUUCAUCGGGUUCUUUCAUCCUGAUGGCACUGAUGAUACCAGUGGCUUUGAUUUCCUGCAUGGGGCCAUGUCUUUUGACAGCAUCUGGGAUGAGAUCAGCCAAGCUGGAUCAAAUUUUCCCACUGAUGGUGGCCCUCAUCUCUACAUAGUGAGUUGGAACGAUCACUUUUUUCUUCUAAAAGUUGAACAUGAUGCCUAUUACAUAAUAGACACUCUUGGUGAGAGGCUUUAUGAAGGGUGUGACCAGGCUUACAUUCUGAAAUUUGAUGGAAGCACAACAAUUCGCAAAAUUCCUGGUGAGAAGAAGACUGCUGACAGUGAGGCCGCAGGAGCUGUUAAUGGUGGUGUAGAUGGUUCAACAGGAGAGAAUCAUAGUGGAAAUGGUGAUCCAGAGGGGGAGCUUGUCUGCACAGGGAAGGAGUCUUGUAAGGAGUACAUCAAGAGCUUCUUAGCUGCAAUUCCAAUUAGGGAACUGCAGGCUGAUAUUAAAAAGGGGCUGAUGUCUUCGACACCUCUCCAUCACCGACUCCAGAUUGAGUUCCACUACACUGAGGCAUCCAAGGAGGUGAGUGCUGCAGCAUUGCCAUUAGCAGCAGCAGAGGCAGUUCCUGAGUUUUCAUGGCCACUGGAGCCAGUGGCAGCAUUUAACCCGACACCUGCAGUUGUAAUUGUAUAGAGAAUGGAGGGCGAGUACCUGGAGGAGGGCUGGCUGUCCUUGUCUAACUUGGAUUAAGUGCGUCACGUAGUAGGUAGCUGCUGUCUAGUUGAGCUGGAUGGGUUAAAGCAAGAAAACCCAUCAAAGAGUGGUCCUAUCUUUUUUAUUUUUCUUUUCUUGAAUUGAUUUUAGCUGGUUCUAUGCUCUUGUUAUAUGUCAUCUCCAGCCUGGAUUUUGUAAAGAAGUGGUUUUACAUUGUCUUAUCCUAGUGUCUGACAAACUGUGGUGGUGUGUUGGCAUCAUUCGGACUCUUUGUUUACCACUUGUACAAGUUGGUGUUGAAAAUUUCUUUACUCAUACAGUUUGGAACUUCGAGAUUUAUUCA